AUGACUUGUCCCCAAGCGGUCGGUCUUGCCUUGCUUCUAUGGUUUUGCUCAUCAAUUGCCAGUGCACGUUUCGUACUCGUUACUGGAAAUGCAACUUCAAAAACAGACGAUAAAUACAAUGUACAAAAUCCAACUGUCGCUAUGAAGAAAAGUAUGAAUCGGAAGGUUGUUCUGAUUUACGAUAAGAAGCGGCAUGAAGCAUAUAUCCAAUCGAUAGUGCUCAAGAAAACGCUUGAAGGAAUCUCAUUAGAUCAGCGCCCUGGAUUCGAUGAAAACGGAGCAACGGAGAUCAACACAAGAGAACUGAGCGCGAAGCGAGUGCAGCGAGAAUACCAGAAUACGAUCCAGCGCCAGAAUCAAUAA